CCAGGUCUGAAACAGCAUCUGCUGUGGUGCCAUCAUGGAGGAGGUUCUGGAGCAGUUCUUCAUUUUUGUAGGGUUGUUGGUUUGCCUGGUCUACCUGACGAAAUGCAUGAGAUUCUCUAAAUGCAUUUUCCUGCACUUCUGCAAAGUUUUGCCAAGAUCUUUCUUGAAGUCCAUGGGCGAGUGGGCAGUGAUCACUGGAGCAGGAGAUGGGAUUGGGAAAGCUUACUCAUUCGAGUUAGCAAGACAGGGAUUCAAUGUCGUGCUUAUCAGCCGGACACUGGAAAAACUUCAGGCCAUCGCUGCGGAGAUUGAGUGGACUAUAGGAAGUACCGUGAAGAUAAUACAAGCAGAUUUUGCCAAAGAUGACAUCUAUGAGUAUAUUAAAGAAAAACUUAAAGGCUUAGAAAUUGGAAUUUUAGUCAACAAUGUUGGAAUGCUUCCAAACCUUCUCCCAAGCCAUUUCCUUAACACGCCAGAUGACUUCCAGAGCCUCAUCCACUGUAACAUCACCUCAGUUGUGAAGAUGACACAGCUGAUUCUGAAACACAUGAAAUCAAGGCAGAAAGGUCUCAUCUUGAACAUAUCUUCUGGGGCGGCCCUCUUUCCCUGGCCUCUGUACUCCACGUAUUCAGCUUCCAAGGCUUUUGUGUACACAUUUUCCAAGGCACUGCAAGCAGAAUAUAAGGAGAAGGGAAUCAUCAUCCAGGUGUUGACCCCAUAUGCUGUUUCAACUCCGAUGACAAAGUGUCUAAAUACCAACAUGAUAACCAAGACUGCUGAUGAGUUUGUUAAAGAAUCACUGAAUUAUGUCACGAUUGGAGACGAAACCUGUGGCUGCCUCACCCAUGAAAUCUUGGCUGCCAUUCUGAGCCUGAUCCCAUCGUGGGCCUUCUACAGCAGUGUGUUUCAGAAGAUGCUCCUGACUCGUUACGUGGACUACCUCAAGAAGAAUGCCAACAUCAGAUAG